AUGCAAAUCAACCUUCCCUCACAAUCCUGUAUCAGAGACAGUCAGGAGGCAGACACACCCACCCCACCCACGGGGGGCGCUCUCACGGACUCUGGUAGAGGCCUGGAGAGGAGGACGAGAAUCUUCAUGUUCAAUGCUGCUGGCUGGAGAAGAAUGACACGUGAAUUUGGCUUCGGACAAUGCAUCUCCUCCCCCACGACAUCUUACAAGGUGCAGAAGUACCUGGGGAGGGGCGCCUUUGGCACCGUUACUGAAUGUAAGAAGGAGACCACCAACGAAACCAUUGCUCUGAAAAUCUCCAGAAGCAAGAAGCAAAUUCGGGGAGCGAAGAUCGAGGAGGCCAACCUGCGAAUACUUAAAGAGCUCAACGCAGACCAGUUCAACAUCGUGAGGUGGAACGGGUCCUUCACCUAUAAGGGACGUUACUGUCUCGAGUUUGAGAAGCUGGAUGUUGAGCUUUUUGAAUUCAUCAAGAUGAGCCCAACUCGAUCUCUGAAUUUGAAGCAGAUCCGCCCAAUUCUGCAGCAGCUUGCCACAGCCUUGGACUUUCUCAAGAGCACAGGGAUCACGCACGGAGAUUUAAAGCCACAAAAUAUCAUGAUGGUGGAACAUCUCAUUGAGCCGCUGAGGGUGAAAGUCAUCGACUUUGGCUUAGCCCUGAACAAUCCAGCAGAAUGUGUUGGUGCGACCAUCCAGACCCUGUCGUACAGAUCUCCCGAGGUCUUGCUGGGAGCUCCAUUCAACGAGGCCAUAGAUGUGUGGUCUCUCGGCUGCAUUGCUGCAGAAAUGUUUCUGGGCACGCCGCUGUUCUCCGCCUGGGACAAGUACGAUAUGCCAAUGGAUGAGCAGCGGAAUUCUCAUCAACCCUCCAAAGGGAUGAGCCGCCUGGAGGAGCUGAUAACGAUGUCUGAUGGAACCUCAGGCAAAGGUGGCGAUGCUGGUGAGUGUGACCUGGCCAACUUCAUCAGCCUGUUGACACAGAUGCUCAAGGUGGAUCCCUCUGAGAGAAUCACCCCCCGAGGAAUCCUUGAGCAUCCAUUCAUCACAAUGAGCCACCUUCGGGGCGCAUUCAAAAACAGAUCCUAUGUGAAGUCCUGCUUGGACAUGAUGAGCGUCUGCCAGGAUCAGAGCUCUCCCAGUGGGGAAGAUGCAGCACAGACCACCCUCCAAUCAUCCCUCAAUGAGGGGACCUCUACCAGCGCUGUCAACCCAGCCAAGGAGGACCGCCCUGCUGGUGUGAGUGCUGAGGAGCCGUCUCCCUCACAGGCCUCCACCUCCAGUAAGACAAAGAAAAGGAAAAGGGACGAGUGUGGCAACAGCCCAGAUGAGUCGACACCAAAGAGAAGACUGAGGCAAGUGUCCCGGGGGAAGAGGAUGACUCCUCAAUACAGAAGACGAAGAGACCAUAUUGACUUGUAA